UCCCACCUUUCCCUUAGGCCUUUAAAGUUCCCUGCUCAACUUUUCUGAAGGCAGUCUGAGAAGACCAAGGUCCCUGCACCAUGCCUAUGACACUGGGUUACUGGAAUGUCCGCGGACUGACACACCCCAUUCGCCUGCUCCUGGAAUACACAGACUCAAGCUAUGAGGAGAAGAGAUACGUCAUGGGGGACGCUCCCAACUUUGACCGAAGCCAGUGGCUGAGUGAGAAAUUCAAUCUGGGACUGGACAUUCCCAAUCUGCCCUACUUAAUUGACGGGUCCCACAAGAUCACUCAGAGCAACGCCAUCCUGCGCUACCUUGGCCGCAAGCACAACCGUUGUCCUGUGUGUGCUGCAGGUGGGGAGACGGAGCAGGAGAGGAUUCGUGUGGACACUUUGGAGAACCAGGUCAUGGACACUCGCAUUCAUCUCAUGAUAGUUUGCUGCAACCCUGAGUUUGUGAAACAGAAGCCAGAGUUCUUGAAGGCCAUCCCUGAUAAGAUGAAAAUCUUCUCUGAGUUCCUGGGCAAGCGGCCAUGGUUUGCAGGGGACAAGAUCACCUAUGUGGAUUUCCUCGCCUACGAUAUUCUUGACCAGUACCGCUUAUUUGAACCCACGUGCCUGGAUGCAUUCCCAAACCUCAAGGACUUCUUGGCCCGCUUUGAGGGCCUGAAGAAGAUCUCUGCCUACAUGAAGAGUAGCCGCUUCCCUCCCAAGACUGUGUUUACUAAGAUGGCCCAGUGGGGGUACCGAUUAGGUCCCUGCCAGCCCCUGCCAUGCUGGCAACCCACAGGGAGGAUCUGUCCACACUGGGAUCCUCCAGGCCUUGGGACAGCUGGCCUCCUGCACUUCUGCCUCACUGUUCCCAUUUCUUUCUCCUUUCCACAAGGCUUUGCAGCGGCCUGUCCUAGUCAAGGUCCCUGUGUUGUCAUUCUCCCGCUUCCUUCACCAAGAGGUCCCUUCUUCACUUAUGCCCCAACCGACAAACAGUCCUCUUCUGUGAUUUGA